AGAAGAAGAGGAAGAAUGAGGAUAAGAAAGACAAUGAAAUCGUAACUUUGCUCCUCUUUUGCGUAGAAGACUAACGAACGAGCCUGAAUCUCUCUCUUUCUUAUCGUCAAUCCCCGAAUGGGUUCUGCCGGCGAUUCCCACAACCAUCCGCCAGCCGACGACCAGAUUCAUAUAUCUCGAUUCAUCCAAUCCACCAUCUCCAACGUCUCCUCCCUUAUAUUCAAUCACAAUCCAAGACUACUACUCCCUUCAAAGACUUUUCCAUCAUCAUUACAAUCGAAUUCAAUCUUCGACUUUUCCACUCACCCGGAUUCGUUGCCUCCAAACCCAUCACCGUCUUCGUCUUCGUCUUCAUCACUUAGAGGGAUGCCAUCGGACUCUACUACCUCACCCUUCCCAUCAACGAUGAGAAUUUCAAGUCUCAAUCCAGCUGGAAAUGGUGGUCCAGCAUUUGUAGGGCAAGUGUUCAGCAUGUGUGACCUUUCCGGAACUGGCCUCAUGGCUGUAUCUACACAUUUCGACAUACCCUUUAUCUCCAACAGAACACCAGAGUGGUUGAAAAAGAUGUUUGCAACAGUUACUAAGAGUGAGAGGAAAGGCCCUGUAUUUCGUUUUUUCAUGGAUCUUGGUGAUGCAGUUACAUAUGUCAAAAAGUUGAAUAUUCCCAGUGGUGUAGUUGGUGCUUGUCGUCUAGAUUCAGCAUUUGAGCAUUUUCAGGAAAAACCUCACCUGUUCCAGUUUGUACCAAAUGAGAGGCAGGUCAAAGAAGCUAACAAACUUCUUAAAGCAAUGCCCCGAAAUAAUAGAGGAAAGAAAAAAAUCAAUGGUGUUCCGGUUUUUAGCGCUCAAAAUCUUGACAUUGCAAUUGCUACAACUGAUGGGAUCAAGUGGUAUACUCCGUUCUUCUUUGACAAGAACAUGCUGGAUAACAUUCUAGAAGAAUCUGCAGACCAGCACUUCCAAUCUUUAGUUCAAACACGAAAUAUGCAACGACGCAGGGAUGUUUUUGAUGAUAGCUUUCCUUCAGAAACAAAUGAUCAAGAGGAGGCAGGAGAUAGUGUUUGGGAGCCACACGAGGUUCAAGAAGUGCUGGAUGAAGUAGGCCAUCCAGAGAUACCUUUAAGUGUCAUAUCGAAAGCUGCUGAAAUUCAUCUUCUCCAUGCUGUUGAUAAGUUACUUCUUGGGAACAGGUGGUUGAGGAAGGUCACUGGUAUUCAACCGAAAUUUCCUUAUUUGGUUGAUUCAUUCGAAGAAAGAAGUACUGCUUCAUUGCUGAGAGCAUCACGUUUGUCGCGCAUAAAUGCUAGCUCGGAGGAAUCUGAAGACAGCAACAAACAAAUUGAGCUGGAGUUAGAGGACUAUAAUAGCGAAGCCUAUCAAGAUGGCGGCAAACAGGGUUUCCAGUUCCCGUUUGGUGAUUGGAAUACAAAUCCUUUAUCAAAACUUUGGCAGAAUCCUGGAGGGAACCAAUCGAACAGAAGUGGCCUGUCUAGGGAAGAACAAUCUAACCCGCUCCUUCCAAAGAUAACAAUGGUUGGUAUAGCCACAAGAGAGACUGGUCUGAACAAAGCUGGCUUGAAGAAAACAAUGGAGGAUUUGACGAAAGAAUUGGAACGGGUUGAUGAGGGGAAUGUGGCUGGCUACGACGGGUAUAGGGACCCACUUUUCGUAGCGAAUGUGGGGGACUAUCACACAGGCGUUGCCAAGACUGGUUCGGCUAGAUGGGCUCGUAAAGGAGCAAACCAAAUGGCCUAAAGAAUUAUUAUUAUUUUAUUUUUUUAGACAUUUGAUUGUAAUUACAACUCUAGAUAAGAACCAUAAGGUUUGAUUUUAGUUAAUAAUAUUAUUUAUUAACAAGUCUAUAAAAUUAUUAACAUACUGUA